UACUAGUUACCAGGGAUUUGCAAGCUGGCCUCGCGUCUUCCACUUGCUAAAAAUACAGCACCAAGCUCGAGCCCUUCUCCAUUGCCAGCCAGCCACCCGCACCUCCCCGUACUCGGUGCCAUUGUUUCCUACCAAUCUCCUCCUCCUCUUGCAGGAGGUUUCCACUCGCGGUCCGUGGGCUAGACAGCCGGUAACGUGACGUCUUGGCGUUUUGUGGGAUUUCCAAACUGCGCUAGGUUGUGGUGGUGUAUGGACGUAAGUGGUUUGGGUUGCGGGAUUUGUUGUAGUAGUUGUUGCUGUUGGUUGGUUGGAGCGGGUGGUGUGGCGUAUCAGUGGAUUUAGAUCUGCGCCUCGCCCGAGUCGGGGCAACGGAAGGGCGUUUGUAGUGCGGGGGGAGGAAUGGUGAUGGGAGGAGUGAAGGUCGGCUCUUCUGCCCUGGUGUUGAUGCUGGCAAUGCUGGCAUUCGUGCUGGUGCAAUGCGUGGACAGGGCGGACGCGGGUCAUGGAAGCCCCAUCAUGGAACUCGCUACCACGUCCUCCGGUCUCCCCGAGGGGUUCGAUGAUCUGAGAAUGUAUGAGGAUCCUGAAGACCAGUUCCUUGACGAGCCUGCCAGGCGCUUGUUGGCCGCACGGCGCAGGAGCUAUAUCUCUUACGGGGCCUUGAAUCGUAACCGCUCUCCAUGCCCAGCGCGCUCCGGUCGGUCGUACUACACGCCCAAUUGCAAUAGCAACGCAGGACCGGCGCGGCCUUACACCCGGGGGUGCCUCCGGAUCACCCGUUGCCAGAGAGUGUAGAUGCUCGCAGUCUUCUUUGCUCUGGUGAGCUUUCGGAGUCCUCCCUUGCAAUCCAAAUUUGUGAACUUUCAAGUGAGGUUGGUGAGAGAGAGAGAAAGAAAGAAAGUGACAUAGAGGCGGGGAAGGGUGGUGAUCGUGGAUGGGUCGGUGAUUCAAAUGCACAUGGAUCACCUAGGGGAAAAUAUUUACCUACAUACAUACCUGUAUUGCUGAUCCGGACUACUUCAAGAAAAAGUAAAGAUUACUCCCAGUUGUUUGUGGUUGAGAUCCGCCGUGGAACUGAAGUUGCCGUCCUUGUCUAUGAAUCGGAGAAGCAGAAAUCAUAGAAUGCAGUUGAUAUUUAAUCUUCUGUGAGAAUAAAGAGUUUGAAAUUCUAGCCGUUGUGGUCAUUGCAGUUGGGUUGGAACUAUAGCUUCGAAGUAUGUAUAAUUUGGAGAGCUCGGAGGAGUCAGAAAGCGGCCUGGCAUUGGGAGUUGCUUAGCAGCGUCCUUGGAUUCUCUUAAUGCAAGUAUAUCAUCUGAAGUGAGACGUCGAAGUUAGUAUUGCUCAUCUUUUCCUCGUACCAGUAGGAAACGUCUCGAUUUCAAUAGUAGCUGUGACAUUCGUGGCGAUCUUUAUCGCUGGCAGUCUCACAUUCGGGCUUCACUUGUAGGGUUCUUUUCACGAAUGAUAACGUUGAUCCUACAGUCAAUUGGUAUGUCCUACGUACUACACGUCUGAAUUGCAAAUUUCAUAGGUAAUAAGGAUCUUUUUUUGGUUGUAGAAAUGUUUCACUAGGAUCUUGUAGCUUCGGCAAUUGACCUCCUGGAUGAUCUAAGGUGUUUCUCACUAUACUCAGUACAUAUGAUAUUUCAUUUCUCGA